UAUUGAUCAAUAAUAGUGAUGACUUCAAUUUAUGUGAAAGACCAAACUGUAGUGAAAUAUUUAAUAUCUUCCUUUCGAAAUAGUGAUAAUGGCAUUCGAGCAUCUUUGAAAGAAGAAUCAAUUUAUCGUCAAAUGUUUGCUUUAAAACCUGAAAAUAUUAACUCCUUCCAAUUAAAAUUAAUACUCCACAUAAUAUUGCCUCAAAACUAUGAUAUCAAUCUUUUCAUUUAUGGAUUGGACGAGGAAGCAGCUAAGAAAAAAAUGGAAGAGAUUUAUGAAAAUGUUUGUAAAGCUAUUCCUUGGGAAGUUACGUGUAUUCGAAGUAAACACUGUGUGACUAUUAUUAGUCAAUAUCUGGCAUAUUCAAAAGAUCUCCGUCAUAUGAAAUGA